GUGAGAUACCUACGUGCAUCAUGUGGAAGGAACACCUAGCUCUCUGUACUCUGUAUCUGCUGUGUGCAGCCUGCAAGGGUGAAGACUUGCAUCAGAGCGAUGGGGAAACAAAGUCUCUCAUGUACAUGGAGAACCUGAUCUCCAAGUACAGCUCUGCCGCUGCUCUCUCCAGAGAUGAGUUCAUGGCCAUGUAUGCCAGUCUCCAAGUGAAGGACCUGUCGCCAGAUUCUGCUGAACAUGGCAGCGAUGAAGCUCAGUGGUGUGACCAGAUGUUUGUUAACACUUCAUGCACAGACAAGUGUGGCACUGGCGAAGAUGUAUUCACGAUGUACGCAGUGGAUUAUCACCUGAACGCCUCCCUGCUCCAUGAAGCACUGCCGGCGGUGGUCAUGUCCCUGGAGGCGGACCACUGUAGACACCGGGGAAGCCAUGGCCACGAGGAGGCCAGACAUCGCAAGAUGCCGUCGCGGAAGGAAGUUUGGGCAUAUGGUGUUGGCUUCGUAGUCCUUAUCUGCAUUGUGUCCAACCUUGGUGCCUGCCUAGCCCCACUGAUGAACUCCUCGUUCUUCAAAAUGCUGCUCAUGUUCCUGGUGUCCACAGCAGUCGGCACGUUAGCAGCAACAGGACUUUUAGUUCUCGUCCCAGAGUCUCUGGAACUGAUGUAUAUAGAAGAGACGGCCGAUGACUACAUAUGGAAAACCUCUACAGUGUUGGGCGGAAUUUUCUUCUUCUACAUGUCCGAGAGGGUGUUAAAAAGUGUAUUUAGAGGAUCUGACAAAGACCAGAAACAUGGUUCUACUGAACUGGUGGUGGAGGAGGGUGAACUAGGCGGUGAAAUGGCCGCACUGCAACCUGCUGCUAAUGAAAUUGAAGAGAAACAGUCGCCGUCUCUCCCAAGUAAUGAACAGAAUCCGAUGAAAAAAGAGAAAAAGAAGGUUCAGACAGUAGCAUGGAUAAUGUUGCUAGGAGAUGCAAUACACAAGGCUGUAGAUGGACUGGCCGUUGGUGCUGCCUACUCUAAAAGUAUCAAAACAGGACUAAGUCUUUCCAUUGCCAUCUUGUGUGAGGAAAUACCCCACGAACUAGGCGAUGUCGCCAUCCUCUUGCACUCGGGAAUGACGAUGAAGAAAGCGCUGUUUUGCAACACACUGUCUGCAGUCUGUGGAAUCAUUGGUCUUGUUGGCGGCAUUUCCCUGGGAGAGAACCCGGCAGCAAACCAGUGGAUAUUUGCUGUUGCAGCAGGAAUAUUUCUCUAUGUACCACUUGUCGAUAUGCUCCCCGAGAUGAGCGAGGCAGCAGACAAAGCAAUCAAGAAUGGAUCGGGGGGCUUUCGUGUCACGUUGAUCCAACUGCUUGGUUUGUGCUGCGGAUUCGGCAUUAUCCUGGUUGUGGCGCUCUAUGCUGGCGAUAUACAGGUUUAAAUGGACCACUACUCUAAAAGGCCAAUUACCACUUCUAAGAAAAAUACUUACCGGAAUCUAGCACUGAUUGAUAAGAUCAGUUUCUGAUAUCUGUUUUGCCAUGUUUGUGGUUUUGCCUUGGUACCUUGGAGGCCCUUCAUUUGAUAAUCAAGAGAGAUGGCCUUGGGUUUUCUGGAAACCCAAUCUGGUCUGAUAAAUCCUCUACACAAUUUACUAAGUCAGUCACAUAGCACGCCGGAUGUUCAGAAGAAUGACGUGACUGGCUCUAUCAAAAAUCUUUAAAUGUCUGGAAGUUCCAGGAUAUUUAAUGGUCCAUACAUAAAAUUCCAUUUCCAUUUUAUUCUUAUAAUACAAUGUAUUGCUCCAUUUUGUAUCAAGUCUAAUAUCAUGACUGAGCAAACAUUUAUCAAGAGUUUAUGUUCAAUGAAA